AUGACUUGUAUAUUCAACCACCAUGCUCUGCCACCACCACCUGCCAACAGCCCCAUUCUCUGCCACCACCACCUGCCAACCGGCCCUUUCUCUGCCACCACCACCUGCCAACCGUCCCAUUCUCUGCCACCACCACCUGCCAACCGUCCCAUUCUCUGCCACCACCACCUGCCAACCGUCCCAUUCUCUGCCACCACCACCUGCCAACCGUCCCAUUCUCUGCCACUGCCACCUGCCAACCGUCCCAUUCUCUGCCACCACCACCUGCCAACCGUCCCAUUCUCUGCCACCACCACCUGCCAACAGCCCCAUUCUCUGCCACUGCCACCUGCCAACCGUCCCAUUCUCUGCCACCACCACCUGCCAACAGCCCCAUUCUCUGCUACCACCAUCUGCCAACAGCCCCAUUCUCUGCCACCACCACCUGCCAACAGCCCCAUGCUCUUUCUACUCUAUAAUUCGGGCGAAACCCGCAUCCUCGAUCAAUUGCAAACCACGACCUUUGCAACAAUUCCCACGCCGCUGCAUUGCCACACUGCAACGUACUCAACCUCAUUACCACGACCGACGAUGGAGUGA